GGAUCCAGAGGAAACACCUGAAACUGGACCUGAAACACCUUCAUCUCCUCCUCUUCCUCCUCCUCUUCCUCCUCCUCCUCCUCCUCCUUCAGCUCCAACAUUUCAUUCAGACCUUCAUCUGAGCAGCACAGAACCAGAACUUCUCUGCAUCUUCGACCAGAUAAUCAUUUAUUUUUCCACCAUGAAGGAGUUUUCUCUGGACCUCCUGCUGCUCUUCUUCUUCCUCUUCACCCUCCUGGAUGCUUUGCGCGCUCAGGACGCCGCCGGUGACGAGGACGCGCUCCGCCGCGGGUUGACAUGGCAACACAACGGGCACGUCUUCAGCAUCCUGAGCCGCGGGGCUCAGUACCGGCCGUCGGCCCGGAGGCUGAGCGGUUCUCCCCGCCGCGGACACCCCGUGGUGCUCCUCAGUAACGACACGGUCCCCGCCGCGGCCCGCAGCUCCCCGCGCGUCCCCGCCGCCAGCAGUUCCGCGCAAUUACGCACCGCGACGCGCCAACAGCAGCAGCAGCCCGGUGCCGGUACCGGUGCCGGUACCGGUCCCGGUACCGGGGAGUCCGAGCCGGUCCGACGGGAGGACAUGAUGGCGGGAGAUGAUCCGUACAACCCGUACAAGGCCUCCAACUACUACCCCUACUACAACUACUACAACUCCUACUACAGACCCAGACCCCGGACCCAGACCCAGAACGGAUACGGAACCAGAUACCACCAGAACGGUCUUCCUGAUCUGGUUCCUGAUCCGUACUACAUCCAGAUCGCCUCCUAUGUCCAGAGGAUGUCGAUGUUCAACCUGCGCUGUGCUGCUGAGGAGAACUGCCUCGCCACCUCGGCUCGUUAUGCUCAGGACUACGACACCAGAGUUCUGCUGAGGUUUCCUCAGAGGGUGAAGAAUCAGGGAACCGCCGACUUCCUGCCCAGCAAACCGCGAUACGCCUGGGAGUGGCACAGCUGUCACAAUCACUUCCACAGCAUGGAUGAGUUCAGCCUCUACGAGCUGCUGGACGUUCAGACUCAGAGUCCAGUAGCUGAAGGUCAUAAAGCCAGUUUCUGUCUGGAGGAUACGUCCUGUGACCCCGGAUACUACCGACGCUUCGCCUGUACUUCACACACACAGGGUUUGAGUCCCGGCUGCUACGACACCUACAACGCUGACAUCGACUGUCAGUGGAUCGACAUCACCGACGUUAGUCCUGGAAAAUACAUCCUCAAGGUUACAGUAAAUCCCAGACAGCAGGUUCCAGAGUCCAACUUCAACAACAAUGUGGUUCGAUGUGACGUCCAGUACACCGGAACGUCUGCUCACAUCUCUGGAUGCAGCAUGACGGCCUACUGAGAUGAAUCCUCCAACGUGAGCCUGAAGAUGGCGACAAACAGGAGUCAAAGUUUGUUCACGUGUGAUUUAAAUAAUUUGGUUUAGAAACAGAAUAAAGAUCAAAUCAGCUGCAGUAUUUUCAGACUAGUAAAGGUGAAAUAUUUACAUUUUAUAAAACGAUGCGUCAGGUGACAGUUUUCUAAAGCAGCAGAAGUGGAAAACGAAGAGUUAAUUUAUUCCAUUUCCUGUUUUCAGUGCAGUACUGGUGGAGUUCUGUAAUACUUUAGUUUUUUACUGCUUCCUUUCUCUGACAGCUGAACUUCUUAUUUUUUCUUACUUUACAGAUGUUUAACACUAAACUUACUGAAAUAAGCUUCUUCUAACCACCAGAUUAUUCGAUAAGAAAGUUUUUUAAUUAUUUUUUGAUAAGACAUCAGUACUGGGAAGCUUUUAUUUCAGACUUUUUUCUCCUUUUGAUUCUUUAAAGACAGGCAUCUUAAAUAAAUUAACAUUGUUUUCUGAUUUACAGUCUAAUAUUAAAAAAAACACUUUCAUGCAUGUUUUAUUUCUGCUUUCAUAAAGUGCUUUUUAUAUUUUAAACAAUGUGAUAUUUUACCUGCAAUGUUUUCAACUUUCUGGACAUUUUCACAAAAAAAUAUCACAUUUUUCAGUUCUUAAUAUGGGUAAUUUUUUUCUUUCAUUUAACAGCAAUUAUUUUUUUGUAGAUUUAAACACAGUAAAAUAGUUUAAAUUUACAGUCAGACAUUGUAAAAGAACAAAUUGCUUUUUGUAAAAAUACAGAUUUAUUUUUUCUGUGAUUUUACGAGAUAUCUAGAAUUAACAAAAGAGAAAAAAUCUGUAGCUUUUUCUAUUUGUAUUUUAUUCCAUUUUUCAAUAUUAAAUAUACAAUUUAAAAAACAAGCAAACAGCGGAAUACGGUGAUUCAAAAAUGUAAAAACAUUGCAAAUAAAAUUGAUUUCAGAUAAAGCUAAAUUUAGUAAACUUCUACACCGUUUUUAUUUCAAUUUUUUCCUUGAUUUGUUUUUAAAUCUGCAAAAUUACAGUUAAUCGAUUAAAAAAUACAGAUAAAAACAUUCAUUUCUUCACGAUGAAGUUCUGUUUUCUGGAUAUUAAUUACUGUUUUUUUCUCACAAGUAUGAAAGUUAAACUACACAAACAAUACAGAAAGUCUCCCAUGGCAACAGAGUGGUUGCCUGGUAACCAGAUGUAUGGAUGUAAACAAGGACAACAUCCUCCUGUGUAUUUUGAUCAUCAUGGUUUACUGGUGCUGUAGAGUAGAUCUCUGGUUUUUGGUGCUAUUUUUAUUUUUAUUCUUUUUUUGUCCCUGAACUCAAAGUGUGUGUUUGUCUUGUGUAAAGUGUGUGCUUGUAACCAUGGCAACCUGCAUCUUAUCAUCUCCCUGCUUCAUAACGCUUCAAUAAAGUUUGCUUCAAUGUCAA